AUGGUAAGGGUUUCAUUUUUGUUUUUUUCUCGGUUUUAGCCAGUUUGAGUUGCAUUACGUUUGCCUUUUUCAGAGAGAAGUUAUUUCCAUCCACGUUGGUCAAGCCGGUGUCCAAAUCGGAAACGCCUGCUGGGAAUUGUACUGCCUGGAACAUGGAAUCCAACCCGAUGGCCAACUGCCCAGCGGCACCCAGGCUGGAACGGACGAUUCCUUUUCGACCUUCUUCAGCGAGACCGGCACUGGUCACUAUGUUCCACGCGCCGUCUUGGUCGAUCUGGAGCCAACCGUCAUUGGUAUGUGGACAAUUUUCUUUUUCAUUUUCUUCUGUUUUUAGACGAAAUUCGCACUGGGACCUACAAGCGUCUGUUCCAUCCCGAGCAACUGAUCACCGGAAAGGAAGACGCCGCCAACAACUAUGCUCGUGGCCAUUACACUGUCGGAAAGGAGAUCAUCGACACUGUUCUUGACCGCGUUCGCCGUACCGCCGACAAUUGCACUGGUCUUCAAGGAUUUCUCAUCUUCCAUUCGUUUGGAGGUGGAACUGGCUCUGGAUUCACUUCCCUGUUGAUGGAGAGACUAUCCGUUGAUUAUGGAAAGAAGUCCAAGCUUGAGUUCUCCAUUUACCCCGCUCCUCAAGUCUCCACUGCCGUCGUUGAGCCCUACAACUCCGUGUUAACCACUCACACGACUCUUGAGCAUUCCGAUUGCGCUUUCAUGGUCGACAACGAGGCCAUCUACGACAUCUGCCGCAGAAAUUUGGAUGUGGAAAGACCGAGUUACACCAAUUUGAACCGUCUCAUCUCCCAAGUGGUCAGCUCCAUUACCGCUUCUCUCAGAUUCGAUGGAGCAUUGAAUGUGGACUUGACGGAGUUCCAGACCAACCUGGUUCCCUACCCAAGAAUUCACUUCCCUCUCGCCACCUACGCUCCCGUGAUCUCGUCCGCCAAGGCGUACCACGAAUCCCACUCGGUCUCCGAAAUUACAAACUCUUGCUUCGAGGCCCAAAACCAGAUGGUCAAGUGCGAUCCAAGACACGGAAAGUACAUGGCUGUCUGUCUGUUGUACAGAGGUGAUGUUGUCCCAAAAGAUGUGAAUGCCGCCAUCGCCGCAAUCAAGACCAACAGAUCAAUUCAGUUUGUCGAUUGGUGCCCCACUGGAUUCAAGGUUAGUAUUUUAUUUUUUGUCUGCGCUUUUAGGUCAGUUUCAUGUAUGAGAAUGGCUCAAUUGAUUUGAUGAAUAGUUUUGGCUGAAUAUCAUCUAAAACUACCUAAUUUUAGGUUGGAAUCAACUACCAACCCCCAACCGUCAUUCCAAACGGCGACUUGGCUAAAGUCCCUCGAGCUGUGUGCAUGCUCUCCAACACCACUGCUAUUGCCGAAGCCUGGGCUCGUCUUGACCACAAAUUCGACCUGAUGUAUGCCAAACGCGCUUUCGUUCACUGGUAUGUGGGUGAAGGAAUGGAAGAAGGAGAGUUCUCCGAGGCUCGCGAAGAUCUGGCUGCCCUGGAAAAGGACUACGAAGAAGUCGCCAUAGACUCAUCUGAUGCUGCCGGAGGCGACGAAGAAUACUGA